AUGAGGGCCUCCUCUCCCACAAGGCAGCGCGCUGGGCGGCCGCGGCCGCCUCCGAGUCUUUUGUAAGGGUGGCGGGCUGCUCCCGACGGCGGCAGCAUGAGCGGCCCAGGCGGGGCGGCGGCGUCGUCCGUCAGCUCGGCGUCGUCCGCGCAGGAGGAGGGCAUGACGUGGUGGUACCGCUGGCUGUGCCGCCUGUCGGGGGUGCUGGGGGCCGUCUAUGGCAGAGGGAGACUGCUAGGUGUCAUGAUUUUGCCAGCCAUCUUCCACGUGGCCUUCCCGGCAGGCUCUGCCCUUUCCUCCCUGAUUCCUGCCCGUGUCUGUCGCUUUCAAGCUUGCGCCGUCUCCGGCCUCUUCAGUUGCAUCACCGUCCACCCUCUGAACAUCGCUGCUGGCGUGUGGAUGAUCACGAACGCCUUCAUCCUGCUGCUCUGUGAGGCGCCCUUCUGCUGCCAGUUCGUUGAGUCCGCGAACACCGUGGCGGAGAAGGUGGACCGGCUGCGCUCCUGGCAGAAGGCUGUCUUCUACUGCGGGAUGGCCAUUGGCCCCAUCGUCAUCAGCCUGACCCUGACCACGCUGCUCGGCAAUGCCAUCGCCUUUGCCACAGGAGUGCUGUAUGGACUCUCUGCUCUGGGCAAAAAGGGCAGCGCAAUCUCCUAUGCCAGGAUCCAGCAGCAGAAACAGCAGGCGGAUGAGGAGAAGCUCACAGACACCCUGGAGGGGGGCCUGUGAUGUGGUCAGGGUGACCCGACCCUCCCUGCCCACCCCCUGGUUGUGUGUGAACAUGUUGUGGAGGGGUGAGGCCUGGAGCGUCGGCCCUGAGGGACGCCCUCCUCUGCACGUCCCUACACCUGGAGACCUCCUCUGUGUGUCCUGAGCCACAUGCUGAGGGGCCGGGCAAGGGCUCAGGGGGCCUUGGCCAGCAGCAGGGUCGGCGGUAGUGGCAAGCAGUGUGAGCCUCGAGUGGCCCAGGCUGGACGGCUUGAGGUAGAUAGAGCCUGAGGCAGCUCUGCACAGACCGCCCACCUGGCACCACUCCUCCCAGCUGCCCUGGCUCAGCUACAAACACCCGCUGGGCAGAUGUCCAGACUUACCGAGCUGACGGGGCCACUGGGGACUGCUGAAGGUGGGGGAGAGCUUCCCCUGGGGACACUGGUCCUGUGUCCAGUGGGGAGGCGUGUCACUGGGGGCCUGGUAACUGGCCAGAGUGCUGCUGCUUGCCCUUCCUCAAGUAUCUGGAACAGCAGCCUUGGCAGCUGCCGGACUGCCAGCUGGGAAGCGCUCCCUGCCCCAGCCCCCUGGUACCUGGACAAGCCAUUCCAGGACCUGCCCAUGGGCCUGGCCUGGGCCCCCAGGUCUCCUCCCAUCACCUGCCCAGCCCUGGUGCUAAGGAGGUGUGGAGGGCCGGCUGCCCCUGCUCCAUGGGGCUGCCCAUCCACCUCUCUGGUGUGGCUCUGCAUAUAAACAAUGGCCUAAGCCCGGUUUUAGAGUCUAAGCUUGACUCACCUCUGGCAUUCCUGCCAGCCUGCCCUCAGGGAGCUUCUUCCCUUUUGACAGCUGGGAGACAUAAGAGCUGCCUCCCCACUGUGAGCUGUCCCUACUGCUCUGGUGGCAAGCUACCAGUGUGGAAGCAGCUUGGCAUGUACAUCAUCUUUGCCAGCCUCCCUCUGUGCCGCCGUCCGUUCCUCCUGCCCCAUCAACUUUCUGCCUCAGCCCACUGGUUUCUCUGACUGGCAGGCUGGCCUUCAGCUGUUAGGCAUGUCUGAUAGGGCCUGUCUGGGCCCGGGCAGAAAUGGGCUGGGGUGAAAAAAUGUUCCAUCUGGGGCCCAGCUCCUGUUCUUCCUCCCAGGACCCCACGGCGGGUCUGCUCCGAGCUCCCAGAGCUCUGGGUCCAGUCUUGCUUUGCUGAAACCAGCCCUGGGGCUGUGCUCGGGUCUGCUUCCCAGAUGUACUUUCCACCUUUUGGGGUUGUUAGCAUUUGAGGAGCAGCGGGUACUGCCUUAGGGCGUGUCAGGGGACAGCCCUCCAGCAUGGCAUGCAUGGUGGGACACGUGCCUCACGGGUCCUCUGGGGCCACCUUCCUCAGGCCAGUGCUGGGUUCAGAGGGCUGUGGGCUCCAGGCUUCUCCAGGCUGGUGGGGACUGUGUGUGUGUGUGUACAUGCACGCGAGCGUGUGUGUCUUCUCCGUGUGUUGCGAAUAAGACCUGCCUACCUCCCAGGAGGAGCAAGGGUGCUGCCUGCCCCUCUUGGCUCAUUCUUAUCUAGAAAGUGGGACUGUGCGGUCACUUCUGCCCGGCCCUGCUGCCCCUGCCACAGGGGUCCUUGCUGCCAGAGAGGGCUUGGCUGUGUGUCUAGGAAGGUUGCACUCUGCCCUCUGAGGAAGCUGGGUAGGUGCUGGGCAGGCCUGAGAGUUGGGUUCAGAGGUGGGAGGACCCUCCAGCCCCUCGUCCAGAGACCAGAGGGAGCAGGCACCCAGUAAGCAUAGCAGUCCCAGAGCCCUUGAGCCUGCCUCCCAGUGGGGGUCCCGUCUUGCAAGGACCGUCUGUACAGGUGGCCAAGGGGCUGCUGGCUGCAUCUGGACUGUUGUAGUGGCCUUGGUUUCCUCUCAGUGUUCAGCGUGUACUUCUGAGCAAUAAAGCCUGGUGGUAGUUUGUAUGCUCA